AUGGCUCCCUCAAACUUAAAAUAUAAUCCAACAACUCAUUCUACACCACUUAUUAAAAUCUUUAUUACUUUCCUAUUCCUCCAAUACCACAAUGUCAAUUCACAAUAUUCACCAAUACCAAUAUCAUCACCGCCGGAACCAUCACCGGAACCGUCACCAUCACCAUCAUCACCACAACCACCGCGACCAGAAAGUACCGUUUCUUUCACCAUUGAACAAUUUAAGGAAGAUGAUCCCAACAUAUUUGUCUUGGGUGAUGCCUCAAUUUCUGACGGCAUUGUAAGCCUAACAAAAACCGACCAAUAUGGUAAACCACUCCAAAAAAGUGUAGGACGCGUAACACAUAUCACACCUAUUCACAUUUGGGAUAAAACAAGCGGAAAAUUAGCCGAUUUUUCUACUGGUUUCUCCUUUAUCGUGAACACAAAUGGUUCAAAAUUCCAUGGAGAUGGAUUUACUUUCUUUUUAGGACCACUUGAUUUCGACUUACCAAAAAAUUCAAGUGGAGGAUAUCUUGGUCUUUUCAACCCGGAAACCGCACUUGUUCCAUCUCAAAAUCCAGUAAUAGCUAUUGAGUUUGAUACUUAUACAAAUGGUUGGGACCCAUCUUCACCAUCUCAGUUUCCUCACAUUGGAAUUGAUAUUGGCUCUCUUGAUUCAGUUGCAACUGUGAAUUGGCCUAUUGAUGAUUUUGUUGAAACAAAUGCUUUAGGAGAAGCCAGUAUAAGUUAUAUUUCUGAGUCAAAAAAAUUGAGUGUGUUUGUGGAUUACCCUAAUAGUGAGAGGGAGGGAUUUAGUGUCUCGUAUGUUGUUGAUUUGAGGAGUGUUCUACCAGAAUGGGUUAGGGUUGGUUUUUCUGCUGCUACGGGAGAAUUAGUUGAAACACAUGAUAUCACUAAUUGGUCUUUUGAUUCAGCUUUGUAA